GAGGGCAGGCGGGCACCGGCGCCCCAGUAAGCCCUACCCUUACCUACUGUCGACCACACUCGCACACUCCUCAACAUGCGUGAGUGCAUCAGUAUCCACGUGGGUCAGGCCGGCGUGCAGAUGGGCAACGCCUGCUGGGAGCUGUAUUGCCUUGAGCAUGGCAUCCAGCCGGACGGGACCAUGCCCUCGGACAAGUACGUCGGCGGCAGCGAUGACUCCUUCAACACCUUCUUCAGCGAGACUGGCUCGGGGAAACACGUGCCCAGGGCGGUCUUCGUCGACCUGGAGCCGUCAGUAGUGGACGAGGUCCGGAUCGGGGUAUACCGGUACCUCUUCCACCCGGAACAGCUCAUCACGGGCAAGGAGGACGCCGCCAACAACUACGCCCGCGGACACUACACCAUCGGCAAGGAGAUCGUCGACCUGGUGUUGGACCGCGUCCGCAAGCUGGCCGACCAGUGUACUGGGCUACAGGGUUUUCUCAUCUUCCACUCGUUCGGUGGUGGCACGGGCUCUGGCUUCACCUCCCUGCUCAUGGAGAGGCUGUCGGUCGACUACGGCAAGAAGAGUAAACUGGAAUUCGCCAUAUACCCGGCCCCGCAGGUGGCAACAGCUGUGGUCGAGCCCUACAACUCUAUCCUGACAACUCACACCACACUGGAGCACUCCGACUGUGCCUUCAUGGUGGACAACGAGGCUAUCUAUGACAUCUGCCGCAGGAACCUUGACAUUGAGCGGCCUACCUACACCAACCUUAACCGCCUUAUCGGCCAGAUUGUCUCCUCCAUUACCGCAUCCCUCAGGUUCGACGGCGCCCUCAAUGUCGAUCUAACCGAGUUCCAGACUAACUUAGUGCCAUACCCCCGUAUCCACUUUCCUCUUGUGACCUACGCUCCGGUCAUCUCCGCCGAGAAGGCCUACCACGAGCAGCUGUCUGUAGCUGAGAUCACCAACGCCUGCUUCGAGCCCGCCAAUCAGAUGGUGAAGUGUGACCCCCGCCAUGGCAAGUACAUGGCCUGUUGUCUCCUCUUCCGUGGGGACGUGGUGCCCAAAGACGUCAACGCUGCCAUCGCUUCCAUCAAAACCAAACGUACCAUCCAGUUCGUGGACUGGUGCCCCACAGGCUUCAAGGUGGGCAUCAACUACCAGCCUCCCACUGUAGUGCCCGGCGGGGACCUGGCCAAGGUGUCACGUGCUGUCUGUAUGCUCUCCAACACCACCGCCAUCGCUGAGGCUUGGGCUCGCCUCGACCACAAGUUCGACUUGAUGUAUGCCAAGCGAGCCUUUGUCCACUGGUACGUCGGGGAAGGCAUGGAAGAGGGCGAGUUUACUGAGGCCCGUGAGGACCUGGCCGCCCUUGAGAAGGACUAUGAAGAGGUCGGCAUGGACUCUGCCGAGGAAGAGGUCGACGAGAAUGAAUAUUAAACUCAGGAAGAACAGCACGUGAAAUGCGACCGCCAUCACAUCAUUUCCUAUACCUGAACUUCAAGAGCACCUUGACCCUGACCCAAAAGCCUGAGGAUGAGAGAAGGAGAUAAUAGCUGUUGUGUUCGCUGUUGGUGGCCUCGACGCUUCACCGCUCAACUACAAAAGCCUUCAAUAACUUUUGUGAUCAAAUUAUUAAAAAUAGUCGCAAUCUGUUGCUCAGUAAAUGUUGCUGCUACGGCAACAUCUCACUGAUAUAUGUGUGAACCUUUCUUCCAAUAAAAGUUGUGACGUAAA